AGGAGCGCCGGCGAGCUCAGCCCGGGACCGAGCUGGGCGGCGCGGCUGGCCGGGCCGGCGGCGGCUGGAGCGAGAGCGCGACGCGACGCGACGCGACGCGACCGCGGCUUCCCGUGCUGCGCCCGGCCGCCCAGCGCCGCGGCCAGCCCGAGGCCUGGAGAGGUCCGGGCCGCGGUCCAUGGUCGCGGCGUCCUGAGGCGGGGGACGCGCCUGGCGCCCCCGGCCCUCCUCCGCCUCCUGCCGCGGGGCUGGCGGCCUCCUCCGGCGCCUCCCCGCGCCCGCCCGCCACUCGCAGUCGCCUCCCUCCCUCCUUCCCUGCGGCUCCCCCUGGCUUUCGGAGCCCGGGGGCGGCCUGUGGCGCGCGGAGCCCGCGCCGGACUGCGCCUCUUUGGACCUUGAGGGGAAACAUGCAUUUGGUUUGGAUCGUUUGAAAUUCUGAGUUUGGGAUCCCCGCCCGCCCGCCUCUUCCGCCCCGCGGUUUUUUCCUUUUUUCUUUUGCUUUUUUCCCUUUUCUCCCUCCGGAUCUCCUUUUUGACUCCCUCCCCCUUUAUGCUCGCCCAGCCCUCCCCCCGCUGCUGAGAAGUGGGGGAGGGUCUCGGCCUCCAGGUUCCCGCCCCACCGGGGCUCGGGCGAGCAUGGGGGGCAAGCAGAGCACGGCGGCCCGCUCCCGGGGACCCUUCCCGGGGGUCUCCACCGAUGACAGCGCCGUGCCGCCGCCGGGAGGGGCGCCCCAUUUCGGGCACUACCGGACGGGCGGCGGGGCCAUGGGGCUGCGCAGCCGCUCGGUCAGCUCGGUGGCGGGCAUGGGCAUGGACCCCAGCACGGCCGGGGGGGUGCCCUUUGGCCUCUACACCCCCGCCUCCCGGGGCACCGGCGACUCCGAGAGGGCUCCCGGCGGCGGAGGGUCCACGUCCGACUCCACCUAUGCUCAUGGCAAUGGUUACCAGGAGACGGGCGGCGGUCACCAUAGAGACGGGAUGCUGUACCUGGGCUCCCGAGCCUCGCUGGCGGAUGCUCUACCUCUGCACAUCGGACCCAGGUGGUUCAGCUCGCACAGUGGUUUCAAGUGCCCCAUUUGCUCCAAGUCUGUGGCUUCUGACGAGAUGGAAAUGCACUUUAUAAUGUGUUUGAGCAAACCUCGCCUCUCCUACAAUGAUGAUGUGCUGACUAAAGACGCGGGUGAGUGUGUGAUCUGCCUGGAGGAGCUGCUGCAGGGGGACACGAUAGCCAGGCUGCCCUGCUUGUGCAUCUAUCACAAAAGCUGCAUAGACUCAUGGUUUGAAGUGAACAGAUCGUGUCCAGAACACCCUGCGGACUGACCUGCGGGCUUGCUUGCUGACUCCUCUCAAAGGCCCUCUUGAUGUGCCGGACCAUCUCCCUGCUGCCACAGCCCCUGGCUCUGCAGUCACCCUCCAUCAGAUGCUUCCAGAAGCACCUACUCUGCAAGGGCGUUCACAACAGGCCAGUGGGCAAACAUGAGGCAGGGCCAGCGGAGAAACACUGAAGACUUGGUGGUUUGGAGCCUGGGCCUCAGCGCGGACCUGUCCGGGGUGAAGACCUUGGGGCUGUUGUGAGAGCUGGCGGCAGGAACAUGGCUCUACACUGCAUUCAGGCUCUCCUGCCUGGCAGGGUGAUUGUGGGGAAACAGCUUCCUCUGAACUUCAGAUGUUUCCCAUGUGAAGCAGGGACAAAACCACGCAGCUCCGAGGCCACUGUGGGCCGGGGGAGUUGCCCUGCAGGUCCUGGCAGUCACAGCAGGCUCCCCAUAGCUUUGUCACCACAAAGGGCACUGUUCUAUUCACAGCACCUCCUGCUUCUGCCUGGCAACUGUGUCUCCCUGUGCUAUAUUUAAUUCCACCAGCAAAGCUGGAGAGGCAGGGCCCAGCCCUGAAGGAGAUCUCCUUGCCUGACCCCUGGACCUGGAAACGGAGGCUUCGUGUGCCCACCUUGGCAGCUUGAGUCCGCUGUUUUGGCAGUGCCAUGGGUGAGCCAAGCAGCUGUGAUUCGGGUGGGGCAGGGCUUUAGCCCACGCCGGGUGCUAUUCCAAGCUCUAGGGGCUGGUGCUCACCCCCACCCCCAGCGACUUCAUUCCUACCUGGCACGCUGCAGCCCCCUGUCGGCUGCAGUAUCCUGAAUUUGGACCCAGGUUGCCCACUCUUGGUGUGGGGGUGGGAUUGAGGCUGUCGGGGCUUCCCAAGUGGAGCUCAUGUUUGCCAUACUCCAUCCCGACAGCUCUCCAGAAUCCCAUGUUGCCGCUUUUCUGCCUUUCUGGGAUGGGAGAGAAUGUGAGGGAACUGGGGAGCAGAUUCUACCCACUCUGCUAAGGGCCUAGCACACUUUAUGAGGUUCCUGGAUGUGAGCCCCUCACUAAGAACAACCAUUCUCUAAUAGCCAUCUAACGGUACCGAGGUUCAUGGGAGAAUGUCCUCAUUCUUAGGAGAUAGAUGCUGAAUUAUAUAGGUGAAUGCCUUCAAAAAAUAUGUAAUUUAAUUCCAAAUGAUUCCCCCCAAAAUACACAAAGCAAAUAAGGCCAAAAUGUUCAUUGUUGAAUCUGCAGUGGCUGGUAUUUCAGUGAACGGUGUACUUGUUCUUUCAACUUUUCUGUAUGUUUGGAAUUUUUCUUAAUAAAAGAUUGUGGGGAAACGGUCA